GGUGCCCUAGGUGGCUGCCUGUUUUGCCUAUGGCUAAGGACAGCCCUGGAUACCUGCAAGAAGAAGCAGAUACCUGGAAAAGCAGCAGGAGCAGCAGCAGAAUUCGAAGGUUGCCGUAGCAAUGAUCAACUGCUUUCCACCAAGCUACUUUAGCAGCAGCAAUGAACAAGCAGUUAACCAACUUAGAUCUGGCAGAUAAUGGCUGCAGAAUCCGCAACCCCCUGGGACAACAUUGACACCAGCUUUCCUGUGACAGAGCAGAAGUAUACCUUUCUAUAGAGGAAUCUGAGGGAUUGUGAAGAGAGUCUGUCAAGAAGAAGCCAAAUUAUGCUAACCUACAUGAGGCAGUGAAAGCUGGUGAUGUAGAACAACUUGCAUCAAUGUGUCUUCACUGGCUGCUCUGGCAUGGGGCUGAUAUAACAGCUUUAGCUAUAAGAGACUGGACAGCUGCUCACCUUGCUGCUAUCAGAGGUCAUGAUGCUUGUAUGCAGGCCCUUGUAAUGAAUGGAGUAAACUUAACAGCUCAAGAUGACCGAGGAUGCACUCCGUCACACCUAGCUGCAGCCCAUGGACAAUCCUACACUUUACAAACCAUCCUGCGGAGUGGAAUGGACGCAAACUUUUCAGAUAAGAAUAACUGGGAGCCAGUUCAUUAUGCUGCUUUUCAUGGCCGCUUGGGUUGUUUGCAGCUUCUUAUUAGAUGGGGAGCUACUAUAAAUGACGUGGAUAACAAUGGAAAUCUUCCAGCUCAUCUGGCAGCAAUGGAGGGCCACCUGCAUUGUUUUAAGUUCUUGGUUAGUAAAAUGGCCAGUGUGUCUCACACCUUGAAAGCCAGGAAUGACCAUGGGGAGACCCCAAAGGACUUGGCACAGAGGUUCUAUAAGGAUAAUAUUGUGCAGUAUAUCGACAGCGUGGAACAUGAGAGAAAUCAUCCAGAAGAACAGGAAAAUUUAGCAUUUCCAGCCCAUGUGGCUGCCUUCAAAGGGGACUUGGUGAUGCUUAGAAGAUUAGUGGAAAGUGGAGUCAUCAAUAUUAAUGAACGGGAUGAAAAGGGAUCCACUCUCAUGCACAAAGCUGCUGGACAAGGCCACAUAAGCUGCCUGCAAUGGUUGAUUGAAAUGGGAGCUGAUUGUGACAUUACAAAUGAAGCUGGAGAGACUCCAAAGGAUGUAGCCAAGAGAUUUGCCCAGCUGGCAGCUGUGGAGCUUUUGAGACAGGCAAUGGGAGACGAUUCUGAUGAAGAAUUAGAUGACAACGAUGUAAGGUUUUUUGACAGACAUGGCGUGGAAGGGAGCACAGACACCACGGAAGAUUUAAUUCUGGAUGAAGCAAAAAAAAGAGACGCCCGCAUAAGAGCCUACCAAAAGAUUGAAGAACUUCGGCAACUUCUAGAAAUUGCCUACAGCAACUACAAACAGCUGGGAGGAAUAACUAUAGAGGAGAGGAAGAAGAAGAAAGAAGAAAGGGAGGCUGAAAAGAUGAUUAGAGAGCUGGAGGCCCAGCUAGAAUACGAGCGAGUCCGUCGAGAGAAGCUGGAGUGUCAGCUGGAUGAAUACCGAGCAGAGACAAGCCACCUCAAAGAGUGUCUGGAGAAACUGCAGCUCACACCCACCAUCUUUGGGGUGAGUGUCUGCCCUCAGGAAGGUGAGGCUGCCUCUGAUUUAGGCAAAGAGAAAAAGAAAAUGAAGAAAAAGCCACCAGGCAGCCCAGGUGGAGUGUUUGUGAGACGAUACUGAGGCGUGAAAGGAGCGUUGCUGGUUUUUUUACAUCCAUCUUGUCAGACUGAGUGUUAGAGAAGGGCGAUCGCACA